UUACAUUCUCACUUUUCAGGGAUAUUUCAUGAGGCCAACAAUUAUCACAGGAUUGGACGACAACUCUCGUUGCAUGCAAGAAGAGAUAUUUGGGCCUGUAACAUGCAUUACACCUUUUGAAACUGAGGAAGAAGUAAUUAAUCGUGCCAACAACACAACUUAUGGUCUUUGUGCAUCUGUGUGGACUUCAAACCUUGGAAUGGCACACAGUGUAGCUCAUAAGCUGAAGGUUGGAACUGUGUGGACAAAUUGCUGGCUUGUGCGAAGUAUUGAUAUGCCUUUUGGAGGGGUCAAGAGCAGUGGGAUGGGACGUGAAGGAACCGAGGACUCGCUUGAAUUUUACACAGAAUCUAAGACAAUUUGCACUAAAUUUACUUAAAGCUUAUGCACAAUGAAGUUGAAAUAUGUUUAUUUGGAAAACAAAAGUGGUAUUAAAAUUGCAAAUACAGUAGAAUAAUGUACAGUAGACCGUCAUUUAACAUGGUAGUUACGUUCCUGAAAAUGGCACAUUAGAUAAAACUGUGUUAGAUGAACUUUAGAACUUUGGGGAAAAAUAGGGUUACGUUCCUAAGAGCCCCAAAUAAGCCAAACAACUUUUUUUUAGGCCCCCACAUCUUACAAAGAUAAAAGUGAAUAUGGAAUUGUAGUUCACUGUUGUGAUGUAUUACGUUAUUUUUUACUGGUUAAGACUAUAAAUGUAACAGAAAUAAUAAUAUUUCUUACCGUAAAUUGUGGGUGCUGGUGUUUGUGGAUGAUUGUGAAGAGAGUGGAGAGUUAUGCUGUGGCCCUACUAGACUGAGGUGGAUGGUAGAGGUUCUGGUACUGAAGGUUGCAUUGGAGUGUCUAACUUUAAGUCAUUCAGUCAGUCAGUCAAGCCAGUAAGUCAUUCAGUCAAGCAAGUCAUUCAGUCAAGCAAGUCAUUCAGUCAAGCAAGUCAUUCAGUCAAGCAAGUCAUUCAGUCAAGUAAGUCAUUCAGUCAAGUAAGUCAUUCAGUCAAGUAAGCCAUUCAGUCAAGUAAGUCAUUCAGUCAAGCCAGUCAUACAAAUUCAAGUUUACCUCUUUUUAUGUGUAGAAAGUAACAAUUCAUUACAGUUAUCUCUUGUCUAAUAUCUUUGUUUCCUUCUUUAAUUCUAAGACUUAAAUGCUUAUACCUUUUCUUGCCACUUUCAGCAACAUUAGUAUUCCUACUGGGUGUCAUGAUUGCUUGGCAGAUACAAGAUAUAGUAAUUAAAAGAUCAAAACAAUUCACAAAUACAGCUAGCUUGUAGCAGAGAAAGACUGGAAACAUAUGAAAUAUGAUUGCUGGGAUGGUGGGGUGGUGUCGAGGGGUGGCAGCGGAUGGCGGGAGGUCUCCCCGGUUGAUCCACAACAAAGCAGCCGCUUGAGGAAAAGGGAUUUUUUUUUCCUUCCCACAAACUGAACCAUGUUCAAUUAAUUUUACGACGUGUUACAUAAAAUUGCGCCGCAAUUCUUCAAUCGUGCUAUACCCAAAUCAUGCCAAAUACUCGUGCUAAAUGACGGUCAGCUAUAGUUGAAGUGCAUGGGUUCAUCAAAUAUAUGAAUGAUGGUAACUGUGCUGUCAUACAUUAAUCUUGAUACUGAGCAUCUUUGACAGUGUUGUGUAUCCUGUUGGGGACAGAAAGGUUUUGUCUUAACAGUACAUAUAAUCAGUUUAUUACUAUUGUAACUCUAAUGACACUUAGACAUUGCAUGAUGUAUAUUCUGUAUUGUAUUUCAGGAGUGCUGAAAAUAUUCUUCAUUGGUAAUGUACUAAGGAAAUACAGUCUUAAUGAGCUUCAUGCAGUCAGUAGGCUUUAAACCUAACAAAAACAACUGGAUCCAUUAUUCUUGUGGAUAGUUCAUUACUACUGUAACUGCUUAGGUAUAUAUCAGAAUGUUGGGCCCAUGACUUGAAAUUUUUGACUGCCACCUAUAAGAAGGGCAUUAUUGGGUGAUGACUGCCCACACAAUGGGUAUAAGGUAACUACUGGUCCUCCCACAGGAUGUGUAUGGAGGUUAUAAUGAUCUAGGGUGGAUAUUGGUUUUGUUAUUAAACUGUCCAAAUGUAGAUCUACGUUUUUUCAACAUUUGAAAGUAUGUAAAAAAACGUAGAGAUGUUUUUUUUUUUACAUUUGAAAACGUGUAAAAACUUUGAUCUACUUUUUUUUUUGUUAUACUUGAAAAUAUGUAAAAAAAACGUAGAUCUACUUUUGGAGCACUACGCAUGUGAACGUAGAUCUGUUUGGACAGUUUAGCGGUUAAACUAAUUUAUUGUACACUGUAUUCUGACAAGUAUAUUACAGAAAUACUGUGCAUCCUAUGGACUUUCUGAUUAUUGUAUAGUAUUUUGUAAAUGCAGUUAUUGGCAAUAAAGAAUCUAAAUCUAAA